AAGGCCGCCCCGCCGCCCGCUCCUGAGGUGCGCGGAGCGGGACGUCGGGUCGUUGUUUCCGCGGCCAUGGUGCUGAGCCCGGUGCUGGGGAAGCUGGUCAGUAAGCGGGUGGUGCUGGCCAGCGCCUCGCCGCGCCGUCAGGAGAUCCUUACUAAUGUGGGCCUACGCUUUGAGGUAGUUCCAUCCUGGUUUAAAGAGACACUUGAAAAGUCAUCUUUUGCAGCCCCUUAUGAAUAUGCCAUUGAAACAGCAAAACAGAAAGCUCUUGAAGUAGCAAACAGAAUGCAUGUGAAACACCUGAGAACGCCUGAUAUUGUUAUAGGAGCAGACACUAUUGUGACUGUGGAUGAGCAGAUCUUGGAGAAACCAGUUGAUAAGCAAGAUGCGUAUAGGAUGUUAUCAAGGUUGAGUGGGAAGGAGCACAGCGUUUUCACAGGAGUGGUUAUUAUACACUGCAGCAGUAAAGAUAAUCAGCUAGAAACAGAAAUCACUGAUUUCUAUGAAGAGACUAAAGUAAAAUUUUCAGACCUUUCAGAAGAGCUCUUAUGGGAGUACAUUCAUAGUGGAGAGCCCAUGGACAAGGCUGGUGGAUAUGGAAUCCAGGCCCUUGGUGGAAUGUUAGUGGAGUAUGUCCAUGGAGACUUCUUGAAUGUGGUGGGAUUUCCUCUGAAUCACUUCUGCAAAAAGCUAGCAGAGUUGUACUAUCCACCCCUUAAACAUACCAUACAGCAUACAAAGCAUGACUCUAUCCCUUCUGUGGACACUUUUGAGAGCCUAAGUGAUGGAGAAAGUGAAUCCUCAAGUUUCAAGGAACAUAAACGUGCUAGCAAGUUGGACAGUCCCUCAGGAGUUAUUUGUAACUCUGAAAUCAGCUCUGGUGUCAAAACUGGUUCUGGGGUACCUUUGGAAAAUCAGAAUGGAGUAUCAGACAGUGCAGCAAAAGUUCCAUCUAAAAUUCUAGACCUGAUGGAUGGUUUUAGAGCUUCAAAGGCUCUGUUUGUAGCCUCUAAGCUGAAGGUGUUUGAUUGUCUGAAAAAGAAAAGUCCUCUAAAGGCUGCAGAUAUUGCAGAUGAGGUUGGAACUUCUGUGCAUGGAACUGAAAGACUCCUUGAUGCCUGUGCUGCUCUUGGGUUGCUGGAGAAAACACCACAAGGUUAUAGUAAUACAGAUUCAGCAAAUACUUAUCUGGCAUCUGAUGGUGAAUACUCGCUUCAUGGCUACAUCAUCCACUCUAAUGACCAUCUUUGGCCUCUCUUUACACACCUGGAGUCUGCUGUUAAAGAGGGAAGCAGGCAGAACCAUCGAGCCUUUGGAAAGAAAACGGAGGAUUUAUUUAAUGACUAUUAUCAGAGCCAGGAAGUGAAGCAGCGUUUUAUGGCUGCCAUGCACAGCAUUGCCCACCUUACAGCAAGAGACGUGGCUACAGCAUUUGAUCUUUCAGAGUUUAAGACUGCUUGUGAUUUAGGAGGUUGUACUGGAGCUCUGGCUCAUGAAUUAAUACAAAUAUAUCCAAAUAUGAAGGUCACAGUGUUUGACCUUCCAGAAGUCAUUGCAAACAGCUCUUGCUUCCAACCGUCAGAACGGUGCACAGCUCCAGUGACAUUUGUAUCAGGUGACUUUUUCACUGAUGACCUUCCAGAAGCAGAUCUUUACAUACUUUCACGUGUUCUUCAUGACUGGCCUGAUGAAAAGAUUCAUGUACUGUUAAACAAAAUAUCAACUGUUUGCAGACCAGUUAUUCAUCAAGUUUAUGCUAUACAUCAGGCUGUUAGAAGAUGUUUGAGUCAGAGCACAGCACUCUUAAAGCUGGCACAUUUAUUACUGUCAGACUUAAAUUUGUACCUCUAAGCACUGUGUACUUAAUGGCUAUAAAACUUGACUAGUACAUGUGGCUACCACAUCAUCUCAGUGUACACUCUGUUAUUUAAGUGCAUUUUAUACAGAAUGAGACUUAGUUCCUUGUGUGUGGUGACUGUGGUAAUAUACUAACACAGCUCUAUGUUUCUUUUUUGUGAAAUCAGUUUUAAGAUACGAAUGUGAAAUAACCAUUUAUUUAAAAACAAAACAAAAUCAAAAACAACUUGUAAUAAAUUACUGCAGUGCGAUGUGGCUAGAGGGUUCAGGAUCAUUUUGCUAGCUACCCUUGUCUGCCUUACAAAGGAGGCUAAUACAAGCUCUACAGGAAUCUGCUUCACUGAACAGUGGGUGUCCCCAGUCUAUGCUCCUGGAUGAUCCCAAACAGAAUAGGCUGCUCUGUUUUAGAAACUGCGUUUUUCUUCCUCUCAAAGAGCAAGCUGCAUUUUUACAUUCCCAAGUGGCUUGCAUUAUUCAAACACUCAAAUUUGACUGAAGUUGUGAGAUUGUGGAGAGAUUGACCAAAAUCAUGAAUCUAGACAGAGAGAGAAUUCAGGAGUAGCAGUUCUAAAAGUAUUUAGGAGGAGGUGCCUGUGAAACUGUAAUAAACUUGGGCAAGUCCAGUGGAAGCAACCAGAAUGGCCCAGGUGCCACAGUAUGUGGCUUGCAGCUUUGAUAGAAAUGUGCUUCAGUCUGGUGGUUUUAGGAGAAUCCUGCCUGAUUCCAGGCAUUCCUUCAUUCCACUGAAAAGAUUUCCUGAGCAGUGGGGUUAACAGGGGAAUUCGGGCAUAAGAAUGAAGACACAAAGAAUGUAGGGAUGAGUUUUAGAAUGCAAGUGAUUUUCUGCCAAUAAACCUUAUAGGUUUUUUUGCUUCUCUUUGGGAAGUGACAUUCAGCUAUGCCUUCUUGAGGGUGCUGUCUUAUCCACAUUCUGUGUUAACAAAUAGUUCAGAUGAAAUCUGGUACACAGUAAUUUUUUUUAAGUGGAGCAUCAUGGGGAUUUAAAGAAUAAUAGAUGAAUGAGGAGAAAUUCAGAAUUUGCUCACUGAACAGUGAGGUGAGCAAGAAUCCUUGAGGAGGAUAGAAGGUGUAAGUUUGUAAAAGGAAAACAGAAAAAACUUGAUUGACUGUCAUAGUUCAGUCACUGUUAUAUUAAAAUAUUGACCACUUUACAGCUGUUAACCAGUAUUUGUGGCUGGAAAAUAAAUGGGACAGUGUUGUAACUGAGCCACCCAGCAUAAAAUCUUUGGAAGAGGUAUUGAGUGGCUGAGCCCCUUUGUGUAAGCGCUCAGUUAAAUUCUGAAUGUGUUAGCUGUCUACAGGAUAGUGAAAUUAUUUCAUGUGUUUAAAAAAUAAUUUAACAAAAUUGGGGGACUGGCAAUUUUUCUGCAUCUUUUGGCUGGAAGUUAUGUGUUUGCUAAACACUUAUAAUACGGAUUAAUGAUGUUCUAAUUUAGAAGAACCUAUUCUGAACCAUCACUUUCUAUCUAGAAAAUCAUGCCAAAUUUCCUUCAUCAAAACAUAUUUCUUGAAAUGGCUGGAAGUCAACACUGUUUCUAUUCCUCGUGAAGAAAUUUCAAUUAUGUUAGUAAAUUUCCAUCAAUUUAGAGGUAUGUUUCCCAUGUGGUAAUUUAGUUUACUGUGUCUAAUGUUUGAAGGUGUUGUUCCCAGAUUGGUUGUGCUUUCCAGGUAUGUUUUUUCAGAUUAUCCUGACGCUGUCUGUGAAAGAAAACUGCCUUUUUUUCUUUUUUUGGCUUGUUUUGUUUGCUUUUUACAAAAGUUGUAAUGGAUAUGUUUGAUAGCUAGCUGAAAUACAUCUGUAUUAAAGCAUUCGGAAAUUAGGAAGAUGAUAUGGGUGAGAGAGAAUGUAGGUUCAGGUUCACCUCAGACAUACCUGGCAAAUCCUUUUUCUUUGUGUAGCACUUGUUCAUCACAGGAUACAUGGCUUGAGGCUGCAUUUACUGAGGUUAAUAAUGAUAUGGUGAUGAAGCAGGGUAUUUAUUAAUAAGCUUUCAGAAGGACUUUUAUGACACCUGAUAGUAACGUAGAGGUCUCAGCUAGCAAUAUUAUCCUCAAGUCUUAAUCUUUUCUCUAAGAAGCUGCAGUCUUGUCGUAGAAUCACUGAAUAUUCUGAGUUGGAAGUGAGCUAUGAAGCUCUUCAAGUCCAACUUCUGGCUAUGCACAGGACCACCCAACAUUCAAUCCCUGUGUUUGAGAGUGGUGUCCAGACACUCCCUGAGCUCCAGCACUGGGGCCGUGCCCACAGCCCUGUGGUGCAGCCCCUUUCCCUGACCCCCAGCUGCCCUCCCCUGACAGCUCCAUGCCGUUCCCUCGGGCCCUGUCGCUGUCACACAGAGCAGAGCUCAGCGCUGCCCCUCAGCUCCCUAUGAGGAGCUGCAGCCGCCAUCAGGCCUCCCCUCAGCUCCUCUGCUCUGUGCUGAGCACAACGAGGGGCUUCAGCUGCUCCUCUGAUGCCUUGCCCUCCACAUCCCUUACUGUCUUUGUAGCCCUCCUUUGGAUGCCUUCUGAUAGUUUUAUGUCCUUGUAUUGUGAUGCUCACUACCUGCGUGGAGGUGUGGUUAUGUUUAAUUGUGUUCUUCAUUGUUUGCUAAGUGUCUGAGAUGUACUGGUUGGAAUGACAAAGGGGUUGUCUUCAGGGUCAGAACAAAACACUAAUCUUGUGCAGCACUUAAUAGUAAGAUCGCUGCAGCCAUUUUGAUCCGAGUUGGUGGUCCUUACCUCUACUGUGCAAAGAGAAACUACUACCACAUAAAAUGCCAGUGUCAGAGACAGUGAGUAAAAUAGUGCAUGUUUUGUCAGCAGAGCCCUCAUUCAUGUCUUCCCUGUCCCAUUCACGGGUCUGAAGAUGGAAGAAGAGGAUGUGUGUGAACAAAUUAUUAGAGUUCUGCCCUCAACCCUUGAUCGCUCCCACCAGAAAUAUCAUAUAAAAACAAACAAACAAAAAACCUGGCUGCUUUGUGGCUUCUGUAAUGCUUGCCAUCCACUGUUUGUCCCCUUGGUACAAUUUAGCAGAAAUUGUCUGGUUGAUAGUGGGUUAGUACUGCUGUAUGCAUUUGUUUUUG